AUUUUAGUGAAAAAAAAUAUCUCACGUUUCUCGGAAGCGGGUUACCUCAUGUACUAAAAUUAUACGCACGUGAAUUCCGUGCAGAAAUACGAUACAUGAAAUGAACUGCACUACAUUGAUUACCAUUCACAUAGAAGGAUGAUGUUGUGGACACGAAUUUUACUGACGUUCGCGAUUUUCCUGGCCAGAUUCCUAAUAAUGAAAGCGAGUCAUUUCACGCUGGAUCUAGAGUGCCAGCCAAACUGCGACGUGAUUAUACAGAACCCUGACUUUACGUUGUUUAAGUCGGCAACUGCAGGGACUAAUACCACUGUUUGUAAUGUAACUAAAUCAAUCGACGCCACCGUUUUCACAAUUAUUGGAUGUCCAAAGAGUGAAGAUAUAUUCUUUACGUUGAGUGUAAGAGAAGGUACAGAUGCUACUGGUGAUGGAAUUAUAUCUGGAAGUUACUCAGAGACCUAUGUGAUACGCUGUCAAGAAAUUGUUAAUGAAGGAGUCAUGUUUAACACCUCUACCAGUUUGAAUAUUAGCACAAGAACUACUGGUAAUGAGACUACAAACGAAACUGAGAGCUACAUUGGGGCUCCUGUAACCCCAAGUUUUGUCGUCAUCUCAAUGAUAUGGAAUAGUAAUAUAACGCAAACUGUUUCAACCGCAAACGUCGGCGAAUUAUUGAAAUGGAAAGUAGAAGGACCAUAUGAAUACGAUCUCCUUCCAUACCACUGCACGGCAAACCCGGGGACAAUUCUUGGAACACCUCCGGUAGUGCCCGUCAUAUUGCAAGGUUGCAGUGUUUUGGACAUGGUUACAAACUUUGUAGCCGCAAGUGGGACAGCUACAGAAAAGGGAAGUUUGGUUAGUGACCUAUAUGCCUUCAAGUUUCAUACGUCAGACCAGCUUACCAUCGCGUGCAGCGUUAAGAUCUGUACGAGAGGAGAUGCAGCUUGUACUGUGGAUUGUAGUAAAAGGCGUCGUCGUCAGGAUAUGAGUAUUGCGGCAACUGAUUUGACUGGAACCAAAGCUACUGUUGUUAGUCACCUCACAAUCAGGAACACAGGGGCAGCAACUUCCGGAUUGUCAUACGUACUUGGUAUUUUAGUAUUCGUCACGGCAUUGGGUCAAACCCGUCGUUAUCAAUGGAUAUGAUCAUCAUAUUGCAAUAAAACAAUGGACCAUUCAGCUAUAUUUUGUAAACGCAGACAGUGAUAUUGUAGUUCGGCUAAUGAAUAAAAUUGUAGAAGAUUAAAA